AUGGAGAAGCAGAAGAUGAAGAGAGCAAGAGAAGGAGAUGAUGAAACUCAGAACGCAAAGAAAAGAGAUGCGUGUGGCAUGAAGGACGUGAAAAAGGAGGAGGGUUGUUCUUCGGAGGCACUUGGGGUAUUUGAUUUCCCUUGGCUGAAAGAUGGUGUCACGUCUAAAUCAGAGGACUACUUGUUGGAUUUUGAAGACAAUUUCUCGUCAUUGCUAGAACAAGAAGACUCUUCCUUUCAAGCUGCAACUGCAAGUAUUCAUUUCUCGUCAGAAGCAAAGUUGGAGAAUCUUGCAUGGCAGCCAUUUGAAAGUGAUGUGUUAGAGCUUGAAGCUGAUGAUGUGGAUUGCAUUUGGACCUCUCUGCUCAAACAGCCUCUCUGA